CAGCAGCCGGCCGCGACCUGCCGCCAGUCCACCGCUAUGAUCGCCUCAGUGUGGACCGUCGGCAUUCUCCUGCAGUUGUUGGAUCUGACGCACGGGAUGCCGCAGCCCGCGGCAACUGACUCGGACACAGCGCCCAACUACUACGUCAACAUGAACGUGACGACUCCUGACGACACGGCCCAAGACCCCAGCAGCGCCUCUGGCCCGUACUACUUCUCUCUCGCUCCGCCUCCGGCGCCCAUCGAAGUGGCAUCGCAGAUGAAACGUGUUUUUAGAUUGCUGCGGCGUGGCUGCGCCUUCGGGCUGUCGCCCUGUGGCUCCGGUUGCUGUCACGACGUGAUGAACGAUAACGCCUGCCCCCCGGGAACACAAGAGGUGGAUGGCGGCUGCUUGAAUCUCAACUGACCCGCGACAAAUGCGGAGAGGGGAGCCGGAGCGACGGAGCGACGGACCGACGGAGCGACUGCCAGCGAACCGAGGCGCCUUGAUGCCAAGUGGUGCGAACAAAGCGUCAGUUCAGUGUGGAAGCGAUGCACCAGUCUACUUAGCCGAUGUUUAGUCGCAAAGACGUCAGAAAUGGCGCAAGCUCGCAGAACGUCGACACGUGGACACAUGACAUACAAGGCACACAUAGAUUGUCGCAUGCUGUGAUACUGUAACAGGUCAAGGCAAACCGUGUUUCAAGUUUUCCAGGCAAAUUUUGGUUGCAGAGAUCAGCUCCAAACGAAACAGUGGUUUCAAGACCUAACCCUUUACCCAGAAAUAUGCUUGGUAGAGUGACUGCUGCGUCUAUAUAAUUUUUGCUGCUCGCGUGGGCCUUUUGGUUGUAACUUUGACAUCUCUUGUUCAGCCAGUUAGCCCAUAAGUAUGCACUAGCAUAAUUGCUUCGGGAUGCCGACAGCUAAAAAGGACCCGCAAAUGGGACCUGAUGUAUGAUAAAAGUCUUAAGGGAGGCGUAAGAGAAUUCCUCCAUACACGGAACUGUUUCCGUGAUGAAUGUGCGAGAAUCGGAUUACAUCGAGAUAUGGGGCUCCCGCGGCGGCCGUCUGUGGAUAGAGCUAACUCGUUCGUGCCGUUCAUUGUACAUCAGAUGAUAAA